AUCUUGUUCCCUGCUGCUCUUCUUGUGGCUCUGCAAAUACCAGAGGUCUGUGCGUCCCAUGUUUGAAACGCACGUGACAGUAGGGCAGAGCUGUACAAACUCCAUGCUUCUGUCAGAGAUGACAAACAAGAAGUCCCAUGCAGGUGGUGUCCCACAAUGCUCAUCGGUGACCGCUCUGGAGAUCAUUCUCAACUCUGCUGCAUUGCAGCCAGGUACACAGGAAACUGCCCCUCCCCUGCUAAAGCCACAGGAAUUUUUGAUUUCCCAUUUCCUGUUUGAUCAGCAUUGGGAGUGUGCCAGCUUGAGCUAAGCUGAUCAUGGAGACUACAUGCCCCAAACGCACUCCAGCCUGGUCUGCACAGGAGAUGGUGGAUCUCAUCACUGUGUGGGGAAGAGCGUCUGUGCAGGCAGAGCUCUGAUACAGCAGAAGAAACACUGACAUCUAUGCAAAGAUUGCUUGUGGAAUGGGGGAGAAGGGCUACACGAGGGACACACAGCAGUUCCAUGUGAAAAUAAAAGAACUUUGCCAAAUGUAUCAGAAGGCAAGGGAGGCGAACAGUCGUUCUGGUGCUAAACCUCACACAUGCUGGCUCUACAACGAGCUGCAUGCAAUUCUCGGGGGUGACCCUACCAGCACCCCCACAAGCAACAUGGGCACCUCACAGGUGUGUGAGUCUAGGGAUAACAAGGAGGAUGAUAUGGUGGAUGAAGAAGAAAAAGAGGAGGAGAAUGGGAGACAGGUGAGCGAUGGAUCCAUUCUCCCCAUGAGCCAGGAAAUAUUUUUAACCCUGAAGCCCCAAGGGUCACAGGACAUCACGGUGGCUGACCAUGAUGCCGGGGAAGGCACCUCUGCUGGAAAUCUGUCCUUCGGCAUGCCAUCAACACCUGAAAGCAGACUUUCGCUGAUUAGAAGGAGGAGAAAGAGAAUGCGGGAGGACAUGUUCACCGAGAUAAUGAAUGCCUCCUGGACAGCUGACACAGAGCUGAGAGCAUUGAGGAUUUCACAGUCCAAGAAGUUAGACAUGGACAUGGAGAGCAGGAAAGCUUCCAAUGAGCAAGAGCGUGCGGCGCAGGAUGAGAUGCUUUGGAUUAUGAGGGACCAAGCAGACAUGUUGAGGCAUCUGGUUAAACUGCAGGAACAGAAGCAGGAGGGUAGAGUCCCUCUGCAGAUGCAGGUGGACAGCCAGCCAGCAUCGCCUGGUGCAGAAUCGCCCUCCUCCAAGCGUUCUCUGAGGUGUGGGUGAAAAGUCCAUUAUCCCUUUCACUUAAUUCAUGGGGGGAGGGUACAAGGAACAGAAGGCGCCCAUUCACAGACCUUUGAUGGUCUGGAAUGCGGUAUUAUGUUACACAGCUGAAAAUGUUUCCCCCAUUCCAACUUUACAACCCUUUUCCCCCUAGAUUACUUUUUUCUGUUCUCCCUCUUUUUACUUGUGUGUUAAAUAAAGUGAAUGGAUUUGA